ACAUACUAUUGUUCUUGCCAUUACGUGCUUCUGCUUGAUCUGCUCUCACAUCAUCCAUAUUUUGCGACUGCAACACCUCCGCCCGCUUUGUUGACCAUAUGCGGUAGUCUCCAACCGGCGGACUCGUACUUCAAUAUUCGCUCAGCUAAAGAAAAAGGGUCCUUUUAGCAGAGGAGAGAGGGCCUGUCUAGCAGCCAGGACAACAUAAGAAACCAAACCAAACCAACCCAACCCCAAGCCCGAACCAAGCCAGCGGGUAGCGACCGACGUCAGUCUUUUCUCUGUAGCACCCAGCAACGCAAAACUCGCGGUUCCAGGUACUGGUACAGUGACUUCCAUCUUGCUGGAAAAUCUGCUCUGCUUUCUAGGUAGUCUUCUAGGUGCAGGGGUGGGAAAAAAACGGGCAGCAGGGGUCCGCCAAAGAAAAAAGAAGAGUCUUCGCCGACAUCAUCCCCCCCAGUCACAGCCAAGCAUCAAGGUUCCUUAACCCCCUGGCCUUGUUUAGCCUCCUCCGACUGUCAACUCGGCAGGGUCGGUUCGUCAAUUGGCUCCAAAACUGCCUGCACCUGGCCCGCCCACCCCCGGCAGACCGUCUUUUGUGCCUUGAGGAUUGAGGCUGUCGGUCCCAGAAUUGCGCUCGACUUGGAGUCGACAUCAUACCUGCCCAAGAAUCGAUCCGUUCGCUCGCCAAAUUUGCGCCUUUCUUCCCUCAAUCUCCAGCUCUCAGUCUCGAGCGCGUCCCUUUUUUUCGCCAUCCCAACCAUCCGAUCCCAUCCUUCGAAAGUCCUUUCGCUACCGCCGUUGUGUCUGUGCCCCCCACCGUUGUCCAUCUCCCAGGUACCGAGCGAGAACUUGUCGAAUCUCCAUCUCGUCUCUGCCCAACUGCUGAUCCUACCGUACCGCGUCACUGGGGCUCAGGCUGGCUACUCGGCAUCCCAUCUCUUUCUCUACCUGCCUACCUACUACCUCUCUCCAAACUUCACUUUUCACCUCUAGGUACGGUACAUACAGUACAGUACUUCGUACACGUACAUGUAAUUGUACCCAGUCGUUUCAGACACACCCACCCCAUGCCGUCCUGGUCUCUCAACCUCUACCUCUAUUGCUGAAGGGCCCAAUUAUCAUCCGCCCCUCCAGCUUCCAAAGCAGCUGGAAGCUUCACCUCACUCCCCGGGCCGUCUUUUGUUUCGCUUCUGCCAUUAUCCUAUACCAUUCUACUAUUGUAUUGUACCUAUCCAUGGCCACCGCCUCUACGUGGUCCUUGCUUUUCUCUUCGCCUUGUUCCUGAUUAUGUGUGCAAGUACUACCAUACAUAUAUAGUACUCAAGCAUGGAUCCAGCACCUCCAGAUAGUAAACGUCCACGCCUCUCUUCGUGGCCAGUCGGCACGCCUCAACAAGGAGUAUCACUACCACAUCCUCACGCUCAUCAACUUCCACCGCCGCCUCCGCCUCCGCCUCCGCCCGGCGCUCUACAUCAUCCUCCUCAUCCUCCUCCGAGCCCGUAUCAACAUUACCCUCCCCGACCCAUCGAGCAUUCCUCAGCUCCGCCGACGCCUUCUCACGCUGCGCCUGCGCAACCGCUUCACGACACCGAUCGUCGCCAUCAUGAACCAGAGCCCUAUCCUCCUGUUCAAGACUACCACCGACAGCAACAGCAGCAUCAACAUCCACCACAGCAGCACCCACAUCCACCUCCGUCGCCGGCGCAUCCAGCGCAUCACCCAUACCCGCCUUACGGUCCAAGAGAUCCUCCCAUAAAACGGGACCCAGCCGAGGAUCAACGCCGACCCAACUCGACGGGCCAUGCGCCCGAAGGGAUGUCGUCAACACCACAUCUUCCGCCGACCUCACUGCCACCACCACCGCCUCCUGGCGCAUACCCGGAUAACCCACCGCGACACAUGAAUUACGAAGGCGCGCCUUCUAUGCCCCCGACACCGGGUGGCUACCGUGCGCCCAGCUUCCCGCCGCCUACUCCCGUGCCCCAUCAGACGCCCUAUGAGCAACAUGGAGGUUAUCCUUCAACCCCUCACGAACCAUUCUAUAGUGUUUAUUCGUCAUCCGUCCCAGCUAAGAAGAAGAACACGAGAGCUUCCCAGGUACGGGCCUUUUGUGAUUUGGAAGCGCGCAAGUUCUAAUUGGAUAUAGGCGUGUGAUAGCUGCCGGCAGCUGAAGGCUAAGUGCGACGAGACGAAGCCAUGUAAAACCUGCAAGGAAAAGGGCGUGGAAUGCAAAUACCGUGACCCGGUGCCCAAGGCGACGGAUAAAGCUCAAGCCGACAUUCUAGAGGGCCUCGGCUCUGUUCAGACGUCGCUUAACUCGAUCAUGACACACCUGGGGCGAUUUGACCAGAGAUUGAUUAAGAUGGAAUCCCUCUUGCCCAAGCAUAUUGCGACAUCAACUCUCAAGACGGAAUCUUCAGUGGAGGACGAGUACAAGCGUGCGCCAGCAUCGCCUUACGUUGCCAAUGGCGCUUCUGUGGACCCGUACUAUAAUGACGCCCAUCGCGAUCACCCGUCCUCAGAGCCUAUGCCAUUGCGUAUGAUGGCCGAGGACGAGAUGGAGGUAGAGCCAGGCCCACCCGUCCCCCCUGGCGAGCCCGCGAUUCCCAUCAAUCAUACGACAUUGGCAGGCCUGCUCUUGGAAUGGCCUUCCAUUCGGGAGCUUACAAAACAUCACGUUGAGCGCGAAGGGGUUCGAUACAUUAGCGAAUAUCCCAUCAGCCAAGAACAGAACAGAGGCGUUCUGAUAGUGUAUGGUCGAGGUGAAGACUCCCACCCUUCACGACAUGUUAGAGAACCAACCGACCAUGGCAACUUGGAUAUGGCCGACGAUUCAUCCGAUAUGGCAUCUCCUUCGCCCGCGGCUGAUUGGGGCCAGCUCGGUGGACUGAGCCCUCCGGACCAAGUGGAAUACAAGGGAGGUGUUUUGGUUGAUGGCAAUCCUGAUUUCUCUGAGCCGAAAGUGUGGGCGUACGUGGAAAGUUUUAAGGAAAACAUUCUCAACAUGCACCCCAUCAUUCAACCAAAGCUGUUGGACUACUGGGUUAGGCACUUUCUGGAUAACCUUCCUGCAUCACAGCCGCGUUCAGCAAAGCCACAAACAUCGAAGCCCACCUUCGCCGUUGGAGGAGGCUCACAGACACCAGAAGCUGCAGGCUCAAAGAGGAAACGAUCGCCAGGACCAGAUGGCUCCGAGCCACCCACCCCGGCGCCACAACGUAUCGGUCGACCAGAUCGGUCCAUCCAUACCGCUCUAGUUCUCACGGUUCUGGCUUUGGGUAAAGUUUGCCUUCACCGCGAUAACGUGCCGGAUGUCGUCCAUCCUACAGAGCCUCUUCCCCAUGGAAGCCCUGCCCUUCGCAAUGGAGCCAUUCCGCCAUCGCCCAAUCAAGGCUCCCCCCCAGGGUACUCAUCUCAUUCCCAUUCAUCAGGUUUGCCAUCACCUAAAGAGCAAGACCGGAACAUUCAUAGUCGUCGAUCCUCUAUCCAUGGCACAGGUGCUUUCCGCUCUGGCUACAGUCUGAAGAAGAACUAUGAGGUAAUUCCUGGCCUGGAGUACUUUGCAUAUGCUACGGAUAUCCUUGGCAACCACACCGGCGCGUACAACAACAUGAAAAAUGUGUACGCUAACAUCUUUGCCGGGCUGUAUCAUGGCCAGCUGGGCAGACCAAUGGAGAGUUUUGCUUUCAUCCACAGGGCCAGCCACAAGCUCCAAGUCAUCAUGAGACCGAGCUUGGACAAAAUGCGACGAAUCAAGCGCAACAGCGAGUUCAUCCAGGAAACCAAGUAUAACCAACUUGCUCUCACGUUCUGGACUUGUCUGCAGCUCGAGAGUGACCUCAUUGCAGAGAUGCAACUUCCCCCAUCAGGACUGCUCUCAUAUGAAGAUGACAUGCCGCACCCUAACAUGAGUCUCUUGGAAGGUUUCAACCAGCGCAUCUUGGACAGCUACCCAGGUCAACUAUACUUGCGUACCCACCUCAACAGCAUCCACCGAAUGUUUUACGCCCCUGAAGAUCCGGCCAAACCUGGCAAAGACAAGUUCCGCAAUGUCGGCGUCGUGUCUGAUGCUGUCUCGGGUAUGCAUUGGGUUGCCCCUAGCUUUGCAUUCAGAGAGGAUGAUCCCCCCGCAGAUGAUAUUCUGGCAGCAAGACUGCGGGCAAAGUACUGGGGAGCUCAGGUGAUCACUUAUCGCCCAUUCAUCCGACAGAUUCUGCAGUUCUCGCACUCAAUCAAGAAUCAUGCAUCGAGCCCCAACUUUCCCAGCGUCAGCUCCGAAUUUCGACAGGACAUCACAGCACCUGUUAUUCAUCCCAAGGCUAGAACACAUGGCGAUAUCGAUCCUCAAGUCGUUGAGUUGGCUAAGAAGGGUAUCAAAGCGCUCAUUGAAAGCACCCGUGCUUUCCACGGUCUGGGAGAUAGGAGGCCGAUCAUCACCAAUAUUUUCGGCACAGCUCACGCGCAAUGGGGCAACCUGUUGAUUCUGUCAGCUGCAUUCCGUGACCCAAUCCUUCACACCUAUGUAGAUGAGGAACUACUCCGAACACUGUUCCACAAGACGAUCCAGUUUUUGCGACAGUCGGCAACGGCAACGAGUGCACUUCGAACUGACAUGCACAUCCUUGAAGGCCUACAGAGAGAUCUUUUCAGCUACGAUCCGAGGACCAACUCGAGCUUCUCGAGCGGCACAAGCGCACCUGGCUACCAUACUCCAAGACCUGUUCCCAUGGCCGCGCCGCCUCAGAUGCCCCAUCAGAUGGGCGAUCAAGGACAUCCACGAUCUAUGCCCCAUCAUUUACAGAUGAACUCAUCACACGGGCAGUGAUAGAGUCGACGAUAUUUGCCGCCGUGAUUGGGAGACCUAUAUUGAUGACUUUCAUUAUCAUGACAUGGCGUUUGGGGACUGAUUCAUACGCGCCAUAAGAGACCACGAAGGAGUGCCAUUGUUUUGGCAGGUAGUUAUUAGACGCUCAGUCAAACGAAAUGGGCUCGACGGAUAGAGCGACUAUCCCCCCAGGUGCAUGGAUUGCGCCUUUUCGAUGGCGACUGAGAAGAAACAUGGGUGCAUCGCCAUGUCAAGCACAGGUGUUUUGGAUCUGUUCUAACUUAUCCAACGCCCUCUCUCAACUCGCUUCAGUGCACUGUAUCACCAGCAGCGUACAACAAAAGAAUACCUCUUUGGGGUGCAAACCCCAAUCUCGAACACAAAUCCUGUUGUAUAUACGUCGACGGAUGUUUAUUGGUUUGGCCGGUCAUUUAUUGAUUUCCGCUUAUAGAGAGGCUUACCUGUCGUUUGUGUUUUUGGUCAUUACAAGAUCUGCAUUGCAUGGCUGUUUUAUAUGGCAAAUGAUUUUUCUAUUAUUGUUUUUGAACAUCACGGAUCUCAAUUUUCCUUGUUUUACAUGGAGGGAUUUGGAGGAGAUACCACUCACGGUUGUUGAGCAUACUGUAGUACAUAUUGGAUCAAAAGGAAAGGAGGAAAACACGUGCAUGCUCACAAUCGUUUUGUUUUUUUCUGGAUGUUUAGAAGCAUAGCCUCCCAAAAGGGAGUUGAAUUAUAUACAAAAUCUAUACAAUAUUAUGAAGUUCUUAAUCUUUAC